AUGUCGUCGUCCAUCCUUCAUCUCGCCAUCGCUGGCGCUUCCGGCCUCGUCCUUGGCGCGGCGGGCGCUUUCACCCUCUCGCGUCCAAAGCAGCAGCAAACCCCGGCCACCGCGCCUCAACCGCAGCCUGGCGCGUCGCCUGUGCCCGUACCGCGACUCGAAAGGCCUGCGCACCCGGCUCAGGUCUACAAUGGCAGCCUCGCGCAGGGAGCGGUGCAGGACCGGAUCAUCAGUGGAGGAACUAUCGGCCCCAUCUCCGACUUGCUCGUCCGAACGGCUUACACGGCCGCCUACGACCGCCGGAACCGCAUCCCUGCAUGGACGGCAGAACACCUCACUGCCGAGCUUCUCCAGAACGGCGGAGGGGACCGCCAGAACGCCGUCUUCAAGGAGGACGCGGACGUGCCCGAAAUGUUCCGCGCAAAGCUCCUUGACUACUUCAAGUCGGGAUAUGACCGCGGGCACAUGGUACCCGCGGCAGACGCCAAGCAGUCGCAGGUCGCCAUGUCGGAGACGUUCCUCUUGUCCAACAUCGCGCCGCAGGUCGGCGAGGGCUUCAACCGGCACUACUGGGCGUACCUCGAGGCGUUCUGCCGCAACCUCACCAAGUCUUUCGACGAUGUCUACGUCUUCACCGUCCCUCUCUUCUUGCCCAAGCGGGAUCCGCGCGAUGGAAAGUGGCGUGUGUCUUACGAGAUGAUCGCUCCUCAAGGUGGCCCGCCUUCGAUCGCCGUUCCUACCCACUUCGCCAAGGUCCUCAUCGCCUCCCGCGCACCUCACGCCUCCGCCCGCUCGCUUGUCCCGCACGGCUCGUCCGGAGCCAUGGAUGGCAAGGAGUGGGUGCAGGGCGCCUUCGUCCUCCCCAACGAGCCUAUUCCCGACGAGGCGAAGCUGGAAGGGUUCGUUGUUCCGGUCGAGGCAGUCGAGCGAUCAGCCGGUCUCUCGCUUCUGCCUACGGAGCUCAAGUCAGCGAAGGAGCUCUGCCGGACGAUCAAGUGCGAAGUCGUUGUGCGCCGCUUUGACGAUGCGCAAAAGAAGCUCGGCGGUGGGCGCCCGGCGCCUCAACGCCGUCAGACGAUGUAG